AGUGCUUUGGAAGGCAGUUCUGGACACUACCGCGUAUAUGAGCAAUUCUACUGGUUGGGCCACAGAGAAGAAAAAUCCGGCUGGUUAUUGUAGUUAUUUAGCUGGGUAUAUUUGACGGGUUAUGGUCAUCCUAUCCAGAGCGGCGGCGGUGCUUUUGAUACAAGGACUACAUUUCAAUCGGCGGCAAACACGGCUGCCGCCAAGUGUCGCAGACCCGGAGCGAAACAACACGGUGUUCGGCAAGUUCUGCUGAAAGGGCUGCGGAAGUGUCGCUUUAAUGUUAUUUUGAGGGGGCUGUUCAGGUUGGAAACGGCGGUUAACACCAAGCUCCUAAGGACGGUAUCUCGGCGUGACACCUCCCUGAGUGACCGCGGCAUGGAGGAGAGCAUGGAAGCAGAGAGCUUUGAGAUCGCCGAUGACCAUAACCAUAAUAACACUUGGGAGGCUAGUCCGAGCACGUAUGAGCUCCCACAGAACCAUCAUCCGGAAAAGACCCAGUUCCUGUCAGGUUCAUCGGUACUCGGUACUCAGACCCCGCCCGAGAAGCCACAGGCCGGCUCCCUGUCCGGGAUCCCGAUCCCAGACCCCGCCGACUCCGACAGCGAUCCCCCCACGGCCGGGAAGUUGCCUCUGAACAUGAACAACACCACUUCCAGGUUUUUGAUGAACGUGAUGACGACAGAAGACUACAGAAACACAUACUGGCCCAAACUGGAAAAGGCCAUUGACCAGUUGCUGCUCCAGAGCCCUGUUGACUACAUUCCUAUUUCAUAUGAGCAAAUUUACAGCUGUGUGUACAAAUGCGUGUGUCAGCAGCACUCGGAGAUCAUGUACAAUGACUUAAUACGGAAGAUUACAACCUACUUAGAAAGGGUUUCGGACGAGUUGCAGGGCUGUCCUCUGGAGAACUUCAUUGAAAAGUUCGAUUCUGCUCUGACGCGGUACAUGGCGGCCCUGCAGAGCAUCGUGCCCAUUUUCAUUUACAUGAACAAGUUCUAUAUUGAAACAAAACUGAACAGGGACCUGAAGGACGACCUGAUCCAGCUGUUUGCCUGGCAUGUGGCGGAGAAGCACAUCCACACCUUGAUACCACUGCUUAUAAAAGCUCAUUCCACACCUUUUCAAGUCAAGCCCUCGACGAUGGCCAGUGUAGUGAAAGGUCUUUACACUCUGCGCCCCGACUGGGUCAGAUUAGCGCCUCUGCUGUUCUCCAGCUUCAUCCCGCAGAUUAACCCGCCUGCGCAGGAGUGCGAGCUGCCCGACUACGCGGCUCAGGACCGCAGACUGCAGGCGGAGCUCUCCCUGAACGGCUUUGCCAGGGGUGAUCAGUCACGCAAGCGAGCAGGAGAGGACCUCACCUACAGUGAGUAGAGCACCAUCGCCCCCUCUGCCCCCCCCCUGGACGGCUCAUCAUCCCCGUGCCCGAAUUCCCGAGGGUGCAGAUAGCGGAAGGUCAGUCCGCACGCCCCUAACAUGCAGACUGUGUCGCUCAGCGGGUUACGACUCUGCCUGUGAUCAGAAGGUCACCGGAUUGAAGCAGAGGAGCCUCUUCUCUACUGGGCCCUUGAGCAAAGCCCUUAACCCCCAGAAAAAUUCUCCUGGGGCACUGGAUGGACGGCGGACCCUGUGCUCAGACUCCACGCUUUGCUCUCACCUCCGUGUGUGUGUGUGUGUGUGUGUGUGUGUGUGUGUGUGUCUUAAAGGAGAGAGCAGGAUGUCAUAUGUGAACAAACAUGUUCUGGUUUCCUGCAACUCGUACAAAUGGUGAAUUAAAUUUAAUUUAAUUUCUGUGUCAGCCAACGGCCAAGACAUGGAUGGAGGUAACUGGCAGAGCUGAGGGGGGGCAGGACUGGGUGCGGCUCCCGUCGUGUCUGCAGCUCUGUCAUGGCGGAGCUUUGGGGCUAUUGGCCCCUCCCUCCUCAGUAAAGGCCAGAGUGACUGAAACCCCCCAGUGCUGCAUGGAUAUCAGUGCCUCCGCCGGCUUUGGAUUCGCUCUGCUAUUCUUCACGAUGUCCAUGUUUGAUUGUAUAAUCGUUCCUGAGAAGUUCCUUCCAGACCACUUACUGACUGAUUAUUUUUGCGUGUGGAUCUCGUGGACAAGCGCUGUGCUCUGUAUUUUAAUGUUUCCCAUGUCAGUGUCAGAGCGAUCAAAGCCGGCCCUUCUCUCCAAAGAAGGAUUUAUGCUGUUUAAAUUAAAUUUUUUGUAAUUAUUAUUUCAUGAGCGCUGAAUAAAAAUUCCUUGUCAUCAGUGACAUAAGGUCUCAGAUUUUGCUGUACUGAGGAUGGUGGUUUUUACAUGCAAUUAAAAUGAGUACUUUUAUUUUCUGAAAGCCAAAA